AGAGCCCGACUCUUUCAGAACCUAGCUAUAAAUUAGGUUAGGGUUUCUUUGCUGCUUCUCUGCUCCGCCGACUCCUAAACCCUGAUUAUACAUCGAGGAAAGGUAGAGAGAAACAGAGGGGGGAAAGAUGAAGACGAUCUUGUCGUCGGAGACGAUGGACAUCCCUGAUGAAGUGAAGAUUAAGGUCAAGGCGAAGAUCAUCGAGGUGGAGGGUCCCCGAGGAAAACUCAGCAGGAACUUCAAGCACCUCAACCUGGAUUUUCAGCUUAUCAAGGAUGAGUCAGGGAAGAAGAAACUCAAGAUCGAAGCCUGGUUUGGUUCUAGAAAGACCACUGCGGCGAUCCGAACAGCCCUCAGCCACGUUGAGAAUCUCAUCAAGGGUGUCACCAAGGGCUACCGAUACAAGAUGAGGUUCGUCUAUGCUCACUUUCCCAUCAACGCCAACAUCGCCAACGGCAACAAGAGCAUCGAGAUCCGUAACUUCCUUGGUGAGAAGAAGGUGAGAAAGGUGGAUAUGCUUGACGGUGUAACCAUUAUCCGGUCUGAAAAGGUCAAGGAUGAACUCGUGUUAGAUGGGAAUGAUAUUGAGCUUGUCUCCCGGUCAGCAGCUUUGAUAAACCAGAAAUGCCAUGUAAAGAACAAAGAUAUAAGGAAGUUCCUUGAUGGUAUCUAUGUAAGCGAUAAGGGAACAAUUGCUGAUGACGAGUGAUUAGGUAACUAACUAGGUAAGGACGGAUGAUUUCUUUUCAAAUGUUCUCUUAUUUUUAGGAGAAGGCUUUAAUACAGUUUCUUUUUCUUUUUUGUUAGUUUGUUCUCCCGGUUUAUUGAGAUGUCUCCAAAUUGUAAGAGAGUUGGAAUUUAAAAUUUUGUUCUAUCAAACUUUUUUUAUUUAAUCACAUGUUAUAAUUACUAGUUGGAGAGUUGGAAUUUAAAACUGUGUGUAAUAAUACUUUUUAUUCAAUUCCAUGCUAUAA